UUCCGCUUCUUGAAGGAUGUACAAGCUGCGGUACGCGAUCCCUGUGGUCUGUAAGCGUUGAGGAUAUUCUGCUCCGCGGGUAUUUGCAUCUCGGAGUUAGGCAGCCGCAGUCGCUUCUUAGCGGGAAGUGUAUCGGGUUCACCGCUGCUCGGAGCGGUCCUUUGUUUUCCACUGGAGCGGAAGGAGAGUGCUGCCAUGACGGCCCCUGCUCAGCCCAAGAAAAUCGUGGCCCCUACGGUGUCCCAGAUCAACGCGGAGUUCGUGACCCAGUUAGCUUGUAAAUACUGGGCUCCCCAUAUCAAGAAAAAAUCACCUUUUGACAUAAAGGUGAUUGAAGAUAUAUAUGAGAAAGAAAUUGUCAAAUCAAGGUUUGCCAUCAGAAAGAUAAUGCUCUUGGAAUUUAGCCAGUAUCUUGAAAAUUACCUCUGGAUGAAUUAUUCUCCAGAAGUGUCCAGCAAAGCCUAUUUAAUGUCAAUCUGCUGUAUGGUGAAUGAGAAGUUCAGAGAAAAUGUCCCUGCAUGGGAGACUUUUAAGAAGAAGCCAGAUGACUUCCCAUUCUUUUUCAAGUGUAUCUUGAAAGCGGCAUUAGCUGAAACUGAUGGUGAAUUUUCACUCCAUGAACAGACAGUCUUACUGCUUUUUCUUGAUCAUUGCUUCAAUAGUUUGGAAGUAGACUUGAUACGGAGUCAAGUGCAGCAGCUUAUCUCCCUUCCAAUGUGGAUGGGCUUACAGCCUGCACGAUUGGAAUUAGAAUUAAAAAAGACACCUAAACUAAGAAAAUUCUGGAACUUGAUUAAAAAGAAUGAUGAAAAGAUGGAUCCAGAAGCAAGAGAACAAGCCUAUCAAGAAAGAAGAUUUCUUUCACAGCUCAUCCAGAAGUUUAUCUCUGUACUGAAAUCAGUUCCACUUUCUGAACCUGUCACUAUGGACAAAGUUCAUUAUUGUGAAAGAUUUAUUGAACUUAUGAUUGAUCUAGAGGCCCUACUCCCCACAAGACGCUGGUUUAAUACCAUCCUGGAUGACUCCCACCUUUUGGUUCACUGUUACCUUUCCAAUCUUGUUCGUAGAGAAGAGGAUGGCCAUCUUUUUUCCCAGCUUUUGGACAUGCUUAAGUUCUAUACUGGUUUUGAGAUUAAUGAUCAGACUGGAAAUGCUCUGACCGAGAAUGAGAUGACUACGAUUCACUAUGAUAGAAUUACUUCUCUACAGAGAGCUGCUUUUGCACAUUUCCCUGAGCUCUAUGAUUUUGCCCUCUCAAAUGUUGCAGAAGUAGAUACUCGGGAAUCCUUGAUCAAGUUUUUUGGACCUCUUAGUUCAAAUACACUCCACCAGGUGGCAUCAUACCUCUGCUUGUUACCAACUCUUCCUAAAGGUGAAGACACGACUUUUGAUAAAGAAUUUCUUCUAGAAUUGUUGGUAUCUCGUCAUGAGCGUCGAAUUUCUCAGAUUCAGCAGUUGAACCAGAUGCCUUUGUAUCCAACCGAGAAAAUCAUAUGGGAUGAAAAUAUUGUCCCAACUGAGUACUAUUCUGGGGAAGGUUGUCUUGCUCUUCCCAAGUUGAAUUUGCAGUUUUUGACUCUUCAUGAUUACCUCCUAAGGAACUUUAAUCUCUUCCGCUUAGAAUCAACUUAUGAAAUUAGGCAGGACAUCGAGGAUAGUGUCAGCAGAAUGAAGCCAUGGCAGUCUGAGUAUGGCGGGGUGGUAUUCGGUGGCUGGGCGCGAAUGGCCCAGCCCAUCGUGGCGUUCACCGUGGUGGAGGUUGCCAAACCCAGCAUAGGCGAGAACUGGCCAACCCGGGUUCGCGCAGAUGUCAGCAUCCAUCUGAACGUCAGAGACCACAUCAGAGAUGAGUGGGAAGGACUUCGGAAGCAUGAUGUAUGCUUUUUAAUUACUGUACGUCCCACAAAACCUUAUGGUACCAAGUUUGACCGGAGGAGACCUUUUGUUGAGCAGGUUGGCCUGGUUUACGUCAGAGGCUGUGAGGUCCAGGGCAUGCUGGACGAUAAAGGGCGUGUCAUUGAAGACGGACCUGAACCCAGACCCAAUCUUAGAGGAGAAUCAAGGACAUUUAGAGUGUUUUUGGAUCCAAACCAGUAUCAACAAGAUAUGACCAAUACGAUACAAAAUGGAGCAGAAGAUGUAUAUGAAACUUUCAAUAUAAUAAUGAGGAGAAAACCAAAGGAAAAUAACUUUAAGGCUGUGCUGGAGACUAUUCGGAACCUGAUGAAUACUGAUUGUGUGGUACCUGACUGGCUGCAUGACAUCAUUUUAGGUUAUGGGGAUCCAAGUAGUGCACAUUAUUCCAAAAUGCCCAAUCAGAUCGCCACCCUUGAUUUCAAUGAUACAUUUUUCUCCAUUGAGCAUUUAAAAACCAGCUUUCCUGGUCAUAAUGUUAAAGUAACUGUGGAUGACCCAGCUCUACAGAUACCCCCUUUCAGGAUAACUUUUCCAGUAAGAAAUGGAAAGGGGAAGAAAAGGAAAGAUGCAGAGAAGGAAGAUGAAGACACUGAAGAGGCAAAAACCUUAAUUGUUGAACCUCAUGUUAUUCCUAAUAGAGGUCCUUAUCCUUACAACCAGCCCAAACGGAAUACAAUUCAGUUCACUCAUACACAGAUAGAGGCCAUCCGUGCUGGAAUGCAGCCUGGGCUAACUAUGGUUGUGGGCCCACCAGGUACAGGAAAAACAGAUGUGGCAGUCCAAAUCAUAUCCAACAUCUACCACAAUUUCCCAGAGCAGAGGACUCUGAUUGUUACUCAUUCCAAUCAGGCCCUGAACCAGUUGUUUGAGAAAAUUAUGGCUUUAGACAUUGACGAGCGUCACCUCCUGCGUCUUGGUCAUGGAGAAGAAGAGCUGGAGACGGAGAAAGAUUUCAGCAGGUAUGGAAGAGUUAAUUAUGUCCUAGCUCGAAGAAUAGAACUUUUAGAAGAAGUCAAACGAUUGCAGAAGAGUCUAGGGGUUCCAGGAGAUGCGUCAUAUACUUGUGAAACUGCAGGCUAUUUCUUCUUAUAUCAGGUAAUGUCUCGUUGGGAAGAGUAUAUCAGCAAAGUGAAAAAUAAAGGUAACACGUUGCCAGAUGUUACUGAAGUCUCCACUUUCUUCCCUUUUCAUGAGUACUUUGCAAAUGCCCCUCAACCCAUUUUUAAAGGCCGAUCUUAUGAAGAAGACAUGGAAAUUGCUGAAGGAUGUUUCAGGCAUAUUAAGAAAAUCUUUACUCAGCUUGAGGAGUUUAGAGCCUCCGAACUGCUUCGAAGUGGACUAGACAGAUCUAAAUACCUUUUGGUGAAAGAAGCCAAAAUCAUUGCUAUGACCUGUACUCAUGCUGCCUUAAAACGACAUGAUUUAGUCAAGUUAGGCUUCAAGUAUGACAACAUUUUAAUGGAAGAGGCUGCUCAGAUUCUGGAGAUAGAAACUUUUAUACCUCUUCUUCUACAGAAUCCUCAGGAUGGUUUUAGCCGACUAAAACGUUGGAUUAUGAUUGGUGAUCAUCACCAGUUACCUCCAGUCAUUAAGAACAUGGCCUUUCAGAAGUAUUCAAACAUGGAGCAAUCUCUCUUCACUCGCUUUGUCAGAGUUGGAGUUCCUACUGUGGACCUCGAUGCCCAAGGGAGGGCCAGAGCAAGCUUGUGCAACCUCUACAACUGGCGAUACAAGAAUCUAGGAAACCUACCCCAUGUGCAGCUCUUGCCGGAGUUUAGUACAGCAAAUGCUGGCUUGCUUUAUGACUUCCAGCUCAUUAAUGUUGAAGAUUUUCAGGGAGUUGGAGAAUCUGAGCCUAAUCCUUACUUUUAUCAGAAUCUUGGAGAGGCAGAAUACGUAGUGGCACUUUUUAUGUACAUGUGCUUACUUGGUUACCCUGCUGACAAGAUUAGCAUUCUAACAACAUAUAAUGGACAAAAGCAUCUUAUUCGUGACAUCAUCAAUAGACGAUGCGGGAGCAAUCCAUUGAUUGGAAGACCAAAUAAGGUGACAACCGUUGACAGAUUUCAAGGUCAACAGAAUGAUUAUAUUCUUCUUUCUCUAGUACGAACCAGGGCAGUGGGCCAUCUGAGGGAUGUCCGUCGCUUAGUGGUGGCCAUGUCUAGAGCCAGACUUGGACUUUAUAUCUUCGCCAGAGUAUCCCUCUUCCAAAACUGUUUUGAACUAACUCCAGCUUUCAGCCAGCUCACAGCCCGCCCACUUCAUCUGCAUAUAAUUCCAACAGAACCUUUCCCAACCAGUAGAAAGAAUGGAGAGAGACCAUCUCAUGAAGUACAGAUAAUAAAGAAUAUGCCCCAGAUGGCAAACUUUGUAUACAACAUGUAUAUGCAUUUGAUACAGACCACACAUCAUUAUCAUCAGACUUUAUUACAGCUACCACCUGCUAUGCUAGAAGAAGGUGAAGAAGUUCAAAGUCAGGAAACAGAAUUGGAAACAGAAGAAGAGGCCACGCCUGCUCAAGCUGACAUUGUACCUAGUCUAACAGAUGCCAGCUCCAGUCAAGAAACCUCAGCCUCUCAGACUGAGACCAUCCCCAGUCACACAGGAGACAGUUCCAGUUCAGAGGCCAUCCCUACUGAAUCCGAGAUCACUGCUACUGUGGCAGAACCUGUAGCUGUACCAGCGGAGAAUAACACCCCUCAAGAUGCCACAUCCGCCCCCAGAGAAACCAAGUAGCCAAACUGUAGCCCUUCUUAGGGAGGACAUUUCAUUUAUAAAGUCUAGGGAUCAAAGACCUUUGCUGCCUGUUGUUCAACGUCUGAAAAUAGUUGCUUCGUAUAUUUUGUCCAGUUUUCUAGUUGAUUUUAGUGGGAUGAUGAGUUACUACUUCAUGAGCAGAAGCAGAGGUUCUCACAUUGAUUGGUUUUUAAAAUAUUAAAGUGACCUCACAUUCCUAAUAAUUUUAAAAUAAUUGCUGUAUUAAGUUACUAAUAUUUUUAUUAGGAUUCUUGCAUCUGUGAGAAUUAUAGAGAUUGGUCUAUAAUUAUUAAGAUGAUGAUGAUAUUACUUUUAUCAGAUUGGGUAUCAAGAUUAUGCUGACCUCAUAAAUUGAGUUGUAAGUAUUCUCUCUUUCUUCUUUUAGUGGAAGAGAUUUUGUAAAAGUGGUGUUAUUUCUUUUUUUAGCAUUUGGAACAAUUUACCAGUGAAGUCAUCUAAGCCUGGAGAUUUCUUUGUGAUGUUUUAAAUUUCAGAUUUAAUUUAUUAAAUGGUAUAAGACUAUUCUGUUUCUUGUUGUGUUGGUUUUGGUAAGUUGUGUUUUUAUAGGAAUUUGUCCAUUUAAGCUGAAUUUUAAAAUUUAUAUGGGCAAAAGUAAUGUAUAAUAACUUUUCAGCACAGCUUUAGCUAUAUCGCGCACAUCCCAUAUCAUGUUUUCAUUAACAUCCAGUUCAAGAUGUUUCCUAAUUUCCAUUGGGACUUUUUUAAACACAUUUUUUCAUUUUCUUUGAAAAUGUUUUGGAACUUAAUAGAGGUGGUGGUUACACAAACUUGUGAAUGCACUAAAUACCACUUAAUUGUUCUCUUUAAAAUGGUUAACUUUAUGUUAUGUGAAUUUCACCUCAAUUUUUUUUAAAAAAAACAAGAAUGCCUUUUAAGAAGUGGGUUUCUUAAUUUCCAAGCAUUUGGGCAUCUUUCUUAUCUUUUUGUUAUUAACUUCUAGCUUUGUUCCACCAUGGUCAGAGAACGUACUCUGUAUGAUGAAAAUCCCUUGAAAUUUGUCAGGACUUUUAUGGUACAUGUUUCACAUGCACUUGAAAAGAUUGUGUAUUCUGUAGAAGUUAGGUACCAUCAUAUGUAUAUACACACACAUAUAAAUUAGUGUUAUAAAUUGUUAAUUAUUUUGUUCAAAUCCCUUAUAUUCUCACUUUUUGUCUGCUUGUUCUAUCAGUUACUGAGAGAGGUGUGUUUUUAAAAAAAUCUGAGUGUGUUAUAGGCUUAUUUCUUCUUUUAGUUCUAUCAAGUUUUGCUUGGUGUAUUUUGAGACCAUGUUAUUAAAAGCAUACAAACAUAGAAUUAUUAUACCUUCUUGAUGGAUGGAUUUUUUCAGUUAUUUAGAAAUGUGUCUCUUUAAGUCUAGAUGUGCUUCUGGCCUUGAAUCACUACCUUGUCUAACAUUAAUACAGCUAUACCAGCUUUCAUUUGGUUGCUUUUUGCAUGGCAUAUUUUUUCCAUUCUCCUACUUAAACUUUCUAGGUCCUUAUAUUUAGGGUUUUCCUGUUGUAAGGAACAUAUCCUUAGGUUUAGGAUUUGAUUUUACCUAUUUAUAAGUAAUACGUUGAAGACACAAGACUUCUGGGUGAGAAGCAAAAGACUGCAUCACUCACAGAACAGCAAGCAGCAUGGGCAUCAGCAUGUUUGUUUGCAUCAGUUCCUCUUGCUUCCCGAGUCCCACAGAGGUGACCUGGAGGGCCCUAACGCGUCCCUGCAUAGUCAUGGGUUGUGUUAUAGGAGAGGAACACUGGGGAGUCCCCCACUUUUACAGUAAGCAGCAAGCAAACCUGUUUGUUGUCCUCACCCCUCAAGGUUUCUUACUGCAAACUCAGCCCUCUUGGGAAAUGACCUGAGUGAAGAGCAGCCUUGUAUUCUUGACACACCCACCAAGAGCGUGUUGGGAUACUCUGUGAGCUUAUUUAUUUCUCCUUGUAAUUCUGUCAAUUUUUGUAUAAUGUAUUUUGA